UGAUGCAUCGAACUUCAUCAUGUGCAAUACGCAAUCGGUAUCGCACGAGUGACAUAACUUAUUGGCGACCGAGCAAUAACUACUCUUUACAAUGGCUCCGUUUCAAGUUUCGCCUACCUAUAUAUUCGCGUUUCCUUGACCCUGGUAGAUUACAAUACAAACACAUAAGCCAGUAUCGAGGCGGCGUUUAUAAAACUACGUUUCAUACUCGUCAGAUGAUUCGAAGAGACCGAAAACACGAACGUUACUCGAGAAAAUUUUGCAAGUAAUCUGGCCGAAGCGACUUGGAUAGUUUAUCGUGAUCAUCCAACUCGAAUACGUAGUUGGCCGACGAUCCGCGCAGAAGGUGAUCGACAGCGUGGAAGGAAGAUGUGUGCUCGCGGAUAAGCGUAAUCGAUGAAAUUCCACUCGUCAGCUAUUUUCAAUAGGAAAUGAUACGUAUAAACAACGAUUGGAAAGUUUCAGUACUUGUUGACCGUGUAUAGCAUUUUAGAUUGCGAGAGAAAUCGACCAUUGGAGGAUGGAAUUUAUCUCUGAUGCUUCAAACGAUACGGAUAAUUGAUUAUAUAUAACAACGAAGCUUAGUGAUCGAUAGCUCACGAUCUAUUAACGUUUUAUACCGAUCGACGUUCCCUGGAACGGUCGCUAGAAUCGACGGUCGAAGAUAAAAAACUGCUCUCUUCAGGAACCUGUGAACUGGAUUGCGAUCUUUCUGCGGCCAGCGAAAUAUUUUUUAAAACAGUGGCUAUUUCUGUGAAGUGUACGAUGAUAAUGUCGACUCUGAAUUAGACCGUGUCAAUCGCGAGAUCAAGUCGACGCGCUAUUGUGAUCCGUGAAAAUUUCACUCGUCUCUUGUCGUUUUCGUAUUUCGAGGCUUUAUAAAGGCUAAUUCGUGGAAGCUUCGUAAAUUACCGUAGUUUCGAUAAAAUCUGUUAAAAAUUCAUACGUCCCUUAUCAUGUUUCGUAUUUUGAAGCUUCGUAAAAAUUCAGUUGCACGAAAGUUGAUAGUAAACUAGAUAAACUUCUGUUAUUAACUAAUUGAACAAUUUGCAAGUGAAGUGAAUCUCUUAGAAAGUGUUCGGAAAAUGAAGCUGUUUCCAGUGGUGUUAAUUUUCACGAUAUUAUCGAUAUGUCACGGAUAUCGAAUAUUAGGCGUGUUUCCCUUCAAUGGAAAGAGUCACUUUAUGAUGUUCGAACAAUUAAUGAAGAUUCUGGCUAAGAGAGGACAUCAAGUCGAUGUGAUUAGUACGUUCCCUUUGACGAAGCCGUAUCCGAAUUACAACGAUUUAAUCGUGCUACCGAUGGCGAGACAAUUCAUGAACAACAUGACUUACGACGAAAUAAACACGUUGUUUGCGGAGGCGGUUACUCAUGUCGUGGCUACUUUGGCGGGAAACGAUAUUUGUGAAUUUUUGAACAACUCACAGGUGCAGAAACUUAUACGAAACCCGCCUAACGAUCCACCUUACGACGCGGUCAUAAUGGAGGUAUUCGGCGCGCAGUGUUUCGCGAUAUUUGGUGAUAUCUUAAAGGUGCCAGUGAUAGGAGCGAGCUCCUCUGUCCUUUAUCCAUGGAUCUACGAGUGCAUAGCGAAUCCGGAAAAUUUGGCGUUCACGCCAAGCAAUCUAGUUGCCUUCUCGGAAAAUAUGAAUUUCUGGCAGAGAAUGUACAAUUUUGUGCACACCGUUUACACGAAAUGGGAGUUCAAAGCAAAAACCGCAAAACAGACGGAUAUUCUAAGGAAAUACGUUAGCCCUGACGCGCCCGAUAUCAGAGAAGUGGAGAAGAAGAUAUCUAUGAUCCUCGGUAACUCGCAUAUGUCGAUAAAUGGAAUCAAGCACACUACUCCUGCGUACAUCGAGGUCGGAGGAUUGCACGUACGAGACGAAGGAGUCGAAUUGCCGCUCAGUCUAGAGAAAUGGAUGAACGAGAGCACACAUGGAUUCGUUUAUUUCUCGUUUGGCUCGAUGGUGAAGAUCGAAUCCUUCCCACUGAAACUCCUUAACAUCUUCUACAACUCUUUGAGUAAAAUAUCACCUGUCCGUGUUUUGAUGAAAAUCGCAAAAUCGGACGAACUUCCGCCUGGUUUGCCGAAGAACGUUCAUGUUUUGCCAUGGGUGCCACAAGUCAAAGUUCUCCAACACAAGAAUGUGAAGGCAUUCAUCACCCAUGGAGGUCUUAUGGGUACCCAGGAGGCAAUUCAAUACGGUGUCCCUCUGAUCGGUAUACCGUUGUUUGCUGAUCAAUUUAUCAAUAUCAACACCUACGUCCGGCUCAAUAUUGCAAUAGGAUUAGAAGUUGACACUCUGACCGAGGAGAAAAUGGAUCACGCCCUGAAUAGCAUUUUGAACGAUCCAAAAUAUCGGGACACGGCGAAGAAGCUUUCGAGAAAAUUCAUGGAUCGUCCGUUAAGUGCGGCGGACACCGCGAUUUAUUGGGUCGAAUACAUCAUCAGACACGGUGCAAACGCGCUCAGAUCACCGGCCAUGGACUUGACAUGGUGGCAAGUGGAACUAUUGGACGUUGUAGCGUUUAUUCUGAUUGCCAUUGUCGCCGCUCUCUAUAUUAUAAUGACCGCGAUUCAGUUCGUGUUUAAUUUAACGUUUAGUAACUCGGAUUCCAACGAGUUACGCAAGAAAAAAAUUUCUUAAGUACUUCUUUCCUUUCCUUUUUUUUCGUUUUUAUUACGUUGAUGACUUGAAAUCUUGGUUCGUUUUUCCUCGACGAAGUCGUUGCUCCUUUUUCCAUUGAAAGAGAAAAGAAAACGCGAUAAAAAUAUUUUUCGUACUAUAUAUAUUAUUUUUGACAAAAAAAAAAAAAAAAGAAAGGAAAAUUCGAAUAGAUGUAGUACAUAGAAGAUUGCUUUAGUGGAGAGAUAAGAUCUCUUAGUGAAUUGUUUACGCCCUGUAAUCGUGGUUUUCGUAAUUAGUCAUUGGCGGUUCGACGAUUAGCUGAACUCGACGUUUUAUCUCGUCUCGCUAUUAAAAGACAAAUCCUUUUUAUCAAAAUGGAAAUUUACUUAAUCGUAUUGAAUUUAACGAUAAAAUACCAACGUACUCGUAUCAUCGCUCGCGUCCAGUUUUAACGAUACUAGAUAAAUUCUUUCUAAUUUUAUAAAAGUGUAUCAACGCGGAUAUAUUGUUACUUAGGAAAAUUUGUAAAUGCAAUUAAAUUGUGAAUUAAUCCAUUCCAUGCGAAUCGGCCAACGACAAAAUAUCGAAUCGCAAACAUUCGACUAUAUAUAUAUAUGUUUCUAUAUAUACCGUAUAUUCAUAUAUAUAUAUAUAUAUAUAUAUAUAUAUAUGAAUAGUGAAAAAUACAAAAAAUAUGCACACAAUGUAUGUUUAUUGCUUGUGAAUUGUUAAGUGAAUAGAUCUAAAGAUGAUUAGAACAUUGGCGUGAAAAAUAAGGAAGAUCUCUGUAUCCGACGAAUUAAGGUCGCAAUAAGCGAAAGCCUAUUAUCAGUAUCAUUAUUGUUAUACUCUUACAGUAACGUAAAUUAAGUAAAUUAAGUAAAUUAAGCAAAAAAAAGUCCUGAGAGAAAAAUGAUAAAGAAGAGCACGUACGUACAUGUUUGCAUAUUCCAGUUUUUAUCUUUCAAGACAAUCAGAUAUUUUUAAUAGUAACGAUAAUAGUUAAGUAGUAAAUAGGGUUAUGAAAUAAUCAUUUUAAAAUUAUGUUAUUAUGUUUCUUCCGUUGCUCGUCAUUGUACGCUGAAAGUUGUCAAGCAUAAAACAAAGAACGAACGAACACAUGUAAAACGAUAUUUUCUUGUGUUCCAAAAUCAUAUAGAACGUGGUGUAAUAUUUUGAAAAUCGGAAAAUACUUUGUAACUCGUGGAGGGAAAGAAUUUCGUGAAAUAUCGUUCAUACUGAUUUACUGAAACAAAAUGUUCAAUGAUCGUUUCGCGUUUAAUCGUUGCAAAUGCGCUUGCCUCUAGAUGCUGACAGUUCGUGUCAAAUGCAUUUUUGCCUCUCAGAAUUUUCAACGUUAUGAAAGAGUACGCUCGGAAAAGCAACGUCAGCCUGGAAAUUUCGAAAAUAGAUAUUUUUAUCGAUGAUACGUGUCCCUAGUCACUACGCUUUUAUCCGCUGGAAUUUUCCUCUUUACACACUGUCAACUAAAUACCGAGACAGGCUAUAUACAAUUAAGCGUCAGUGAGGCAUUUUAUUUACUAAUCGUCGAGUUUUUCAGAAAAAGUGCAAAUGAAAAGAAGCAAGUUGCUCUUCCUCGUUCUUUCGGAAUUUUAAUUAAGAGGCAAAAAUUUCAAAUUUUUAUUUCCUCUCGAUUGUUGUAGCGUUUAUUUCACUGUCAAUAUAAAUUAUUACGUGAUAUCGAAGAAACCGUAAUAACGAAACCAACACACGUGAAGAAGUUCUUGACAACGAACUUUUCUUAUCGAUAUCCUCGUUUAUGGGAGGAUGAUUAUACUGUCAGAUGUCACGAGGUAAUUGCUAUAAAAUAUCAAUCAACGAUACCUUCGGAAAAUAAUAUAAAGUAGAUUAACGAGUAAUUGUUAUUAACGAAUUGUACGACGAAGAUAUGGAAGAUCUUAUCGAUCAUCGUAUCUUUGUUGGUAUUAUAAGAUAACUUAUUUGACUAAGACGAAAACUAUUUUAGAAAGCAAAUACAUGGUAUUAAAAAAUC